GCCUGAAAGCCCCUGUCCUUGAAAAGAAGGACCCACAGAAUCACAGCCCUGGGAUGAUCUGAGCAGGAGUAGCCAGGUGGGAGGAACUCUCACUUCUGCCACAGACCCUACCAGGAGUCAAGGGGAUAGAGUGUCUUACAGAGGUGAGGUCUUGGUUGGAGGGGGAGACUUUAGGUCAGCGGAGGGUAGGACAGGCCUUGCUGGGAGUACAGAUGAAUACCUCGAGGGAGGAUUGGGUGUAUUCCGCACACUGGAAUAGACCCUGGGCAGGAGUGGCUGGAUUUGGUGUCUUUUUACUUUUGUUUGGAGUAUCCCAGGAAGGUGAAGAGCUUGGCCUGAGCUGGUGACAUCAGCAGAGGGAAGAGUUCCAGGAUCUGUGACGAGUCAAGGGACUUGGAACUGAGGUCCUUAGUCUGAGUGUGAAGGCAGGGGAACUGAAGAAGCCACAUCAGAUCAGAAGAGGGAGGAGUCCCAAGCUCUGCUAGGAGUUAAGGUUUCUAGGGGACGAACUGUCCAGGAAGACGGGAGCCCUGUGAAGCCCAAGAGCCAAAAGAGCCUGCCUGUGGCACCCGAUCUCCCACCAUCCCGCUCACACUUCUACUUGUUGCUGCCAACCAGAGUCAUCAUGCUUCGCUCUCCAAAGCGUCCGCGGCUCACAUUGGAACCAGACUUUCAGGCCCAAAAUGAGAUACAGGACCAGGCAGUGGCCGGUGUUCUCAAGGCUGAGGAGGAGGAGGAGGAGACUUCCUCCUCUUGCUCUUUCAAUUUCUCCUAUCCCUCCACCUCCUCCUCCCUGUCUUCCUCUCCUGUGAUGCCAGUUUCCAAAGAGGAGAAGGAAGUGGAGGAGGAGGAGCCUGAGAAGGAGCCCGCCACAACACUGAGUCCUCCCCACAACCCUCAGAGCCCCUGCUUCUUCUCCGUAUCACGGAGCACAUCAGAAGGAGGCUCCAAUAGCCAAAAAGAAGAAGAUACAUGUUUCCCGCAGACCUCAACAGACAUCGAAUCUUUGCCCACAGACCCACUAGAUGAGAAGGUAGCUGAUUUAGUGAAUUUCAUGAUCCUUAAGUACCGAUUGCAGGAGCCUGUCACACAGGCAGAAAUGCUGAUGGUUAUCAUGAAAAGGUACAGGAAACAUUUCCCUGUGAUCUUUAAGAAAGCUUCUAAGUUUAUGGAGGUGAUCUUUGGCAUUGAUAUGUGGGAGGUGGACAUUUCUGUCCCCUCCUAUAUCUUUGUCAACUCACUGGACCUCACUAGUGUUGAGGUGUCUAGUGACACCCACGGCAUGCCUAAGAACGGUCUCCUGAUAAUCAUCCUGGGUGUGAUCUUCAUAGAGGGCAAUUGCAUCCCUGAGGAAGACCUCUGGGAUUUCCUGAAUAUUAUGGGAGUGUAUCCCGGGAGGGAGCAUUUCAUUUAUGGGGAGCCCGGGAAGCUCAUCACCACAGAUUGGGUGUAUGAGAAUUACCUAGAAUACCGGUGGGUGCCUGACAGCAAUCCUCCACGCUAUGAAUUCCUGUGGGGUCCCAGGGCCCAUGCUGAAAUCACCAAGGUGAAAGUUCUAGAAUUUUUGGUUAAGAUCAAAGGGAUUGACCCCCUUUCCUUCUCAUUUUGGUAUGAGGAGGCUUUAAAAUACGAGAAAGAGAGGGCUCGGGCCAGAAUUGGAUCUGGGGAAAGCACUGCUGCUAUGUUCAUUGCACAGCAUUGAUCAGCAGUUCCACCCCAACUGAAGAGGGAGCCCGAAUAUUCACUCUCUAUUUGAAGAGGGCAGUCCUGGCUCUGAGUAGAGGGUCAGGGUCAAACUGGGGAGAACACAGUGUGCAACAACUUUGUGUUCCUGUUCUACAUAGAUGAUUUGGAAGUUUAUCUUUUUUUACCUUUUGGUGUUUUUCAAAUGCUGUUUCUUUUACUGGAAGGUUUUUUAGCUUUAGAAUCUAAGUGUGUGAAUGAAUUUGUCACAUAUCUGUUGAUGUUUCUCAUAUUUAAGAAUAUGACUUUUGAUAUUUUACAAAAUAAAAUAUCAAAAUAUCAAAUAUCACAAUAUCAAAUAUUGUGAUCUGGGACAAGAUAACAACACUGGAAUGGGAAUUUCCUUGGAAAUGUGAAAGAAAAUGGGAAAAAAAUGGAAUGUAAAAGGUGGUUCAUUUUUGGAUUCCCUUAACCACUAAUUUAUUGUUCUGUAAAAUUAAAAGACAUAUA